AUGUCGCGUCUGGCCGCCUGUGAAGCCUGUAGAAAGGCCAAACUAGCAUGCGACCAUAAGCUACCCGUCUGCACUCGAUGCAGUACUAAUCAGGGGAUAUGCAUCUACCGAACCACGCCCUUCAAGCGGAAACGAGAGAAGCAAAGUCUUGGCUCACCGGAUGAAUCCUCGUCCUUCAACCCCAGGCGCAACCCUUACCCGAACCCGGGAUAUCUGGGUUCGUCAAGCCAUGCCGCUAUAUUCAAACAUAUCACUUCAGACGGAGACCACGGGAGUCACCAGGCCGCUCCAGAAGCUCUACACUCGGAUCUAUUUGGUGAUAACCAUCUCGUGCUUCAAGGUGCUGAUAUCCUCAAGCAUCUCCUGACGAAAUAUGAACUUUCUGCGAUGAAAGACCUGGUCAUGUUCUGGCUGGCUAAAGGUGCUAAUCUCGCACUGGCGGAGCCAUUCGUGAGCCAGUGUACUCGGAGCGUUAGCCAAUUAUUUACAUACCAUGACGAGAACUGGCAUUUGGUCUAUGCGAGACGUCUGUUGCACAAUUCAGCCCAACCGUUACACUUCAAUGAUUCUUCUGAUUUGGGUGAUUUCUCAGCUCAGUUUUUGGAUCAUAACUCCCGAUGGGAAACAUUGGGGAUGUUCUUCGCUGCAGUCAGUCGUGCAACGAUUGAUAUUCCAUUUUUCCCUUCUCUCUACGCCACAGAGCAACAACAAUAUACACUCCGAAGGCUGUGCACGAAACUCUGUGAUUUCGCUCUGGAGAUCUCCCUCUCUCUAGAUUGUCUCAACGACCUUCAACUAAUAAUGCAAUAUGAAAACUUCAUUGUUCACUCCUACGUGGAUGGUGAUCAAAGCUAUCACUCUUGGCGUAAGCUGGGAGACGCAAUAUCUUCCACUUUCGCCCUGGGUUACCAUGAGAACAUUGAAGCCAAAGUCGGGAUCCCGACUUUCCUGAAGGAACUACGGAAAACGGCGUUCGCGCGAAUAUACUCAGCAGACAAGAAUAUAGCCAUCUUUCUGGGUCGUCCACCACGAAUGAAUAAACGCUUCUGCCACUUCCAGAUCCCCGCUUGUCGCAAUGCCCAUGGGUCUGAGUGGACUCCCGAUGCAGAGCCUGGGUAUAGGGCCGACACUCGCUGGUCUGCACUAUGUGCAUCGCUGAAGGAAGAAGUCUGGGAACUACUCCAAGAUAAGCAUGACCCAUCGUGUGCGCAAAAAGCUAGUGUGAUUCAAAGCCGAGCAGAGGCACAAUGGCAGGCUCUGCCACCUCACUUCCGACUUGAAAGUAGUCUGAAACAAUGUACCCAAGGACCUUUCGAGCGGGACUUUGUAGCCGGCGUUCGGCUGCACCAUCUGCACGUCCUCUUCCUCCUUCAUCUCUUACUCCUUAGGUCACCUACCGAACCUGAUCUCCCUAUCAUCGAAACAGCAGGUCAAAUGCUCACGCUCGUUGUGGAGAUAAUUCUUCUGCGUGAUCAACUCACUAACUCUGGGACUGGCCUCAUCUGGAAGGUCGCCUACUAUGGACUUCCUGCUGCAGGAAUGAUGCUUCUCGCCAUGUUAAAGCAGAACAUGCCCCGUGCACACCGGACUCGCUCAUUGCAAGACCUGAGUGUUUUUGUAGCAGAAGUCCAGAUUGGGACAAUUGUCCGUGCCGGAGAUCCGAACUACGCAUUACUUUCGAAGGCUACGAGAACUAUACAGCGAUUCCUGGAUACCACGCGCUCGGAUGCCUUGGUAGAACCAGUGGGACAGGAGGAUGAGUGGGCUGCCCUGUUGAGUCAGGAUCUAUGGGAUUUUGAGGCUGGGUUUUGGCAGAGCUUGGCGGAUCAUCCUUCUUUGUUGGCUAUUGAGCCUUCGUUGCCUCCUGUCUAG